UUCGUUUUCUCCCUUUUUUAAUCUAUUUUUCUAUCUUUUUUCUUUUGGGGGUGCGCGAAAUCUGCUACAGUGCAAUCAUCGUAUAAAAUGGGAUGCGGCAAAGCAUGGUAAAGGGCAAGGAGGAGGCAGACAAAAGAGAAAAAGAAGCGACUAUAUGGAGAAGUACGACCUCCUCUCUCUUCUGAGUGAAUUUGGGCAAGACAUCAUAGACUCGUAGUGGAAAGGAAGUGGAGGAGAAGGAAAAAUCAACAGGAACAUGUCAGAUUUUCGUUAUACAGAAUAGGGCUCAUGUAUAUGUCUCUGCCAAAGUGGGGUAGUGAGGUGGAACCUGCAAGCUCUGCUGUUUUGUUUCUUUGGAAUGUUGCUUCUCUGCCAGUGUCUUCGACGUGUUUCAGAGUAGCAGACGAUGCUGACCUUACUGAGCAAGUUUUUUCUUCUCCUUCUUCUUGUCCUUCUGUUCAUUCAUGGUGGUGGCGGUUGUUGGAGGGCAGAACAUAGAAACUUGUUCUGAUUCUUGUCAGGCUUUUGAGGUCUGUUCUUAUCUUUUGCCGGGAUUCACGAUUAGGUGGAGUGGAUGAGAGGAGAGGAGUGGAAAGUUGAGGAGUAUGGAUGUCGUGUGUGAUUUGGAGGUGGAUGUUAAUGGAGAGAGCAGGUUCUUUGUAGACAAGAGAAUCCUGUCAUCUUUCUCCGGAAAAUUAUGUCAACUAUUCCAGAAAUCAUCGGUGCCUGUCGCCAGCAUUUGCACUCGGCCUCUGAAAAUUAUUCUACAUGAUUUUCCGGGGGGUUCAGAGGCGUUUGAGCUAUUGGCAAGGUUCUGCUACAACAAGGGGAAAAUGCACAUGAUUCCUUCCAACGUGUGCCUUCUUCACUGGGCAGCAACUUUCAUGGAGAUGAAGGAAGAGGUGCAUUCGAACAACUUAAUUGAGCAGACGGAACGAUCCCUUCGAGGAGUGGCUUACUGGAAUUGGGCAGAGAACUUGGUGGCACUGAAGCAAUGCCAAGAGCUUAUCCCUGCAGCAACUUCAUCAGGAAUCCUGCAGAAGAUCAUCGACUCCAUGCUGUUGAAAAUCACCUCAAACAGUGAAUCGAGUCCUUCUAAUUCUUCACCUGAGAGCUCAGUUCGUUUGUCUUGCGACACAAAAAGUAGUGAACUCUCAAAGAACAGUGGUCGAGUUUGGUGGUUCGAAGAUUUGCAUGUUUUCAACUCGAAAAUUAUUGGGAAAAUGGUCAUCGCCAUGGUUAACCAUAAAUUUGAUCAUCUCAUCCUCAGUAGGUUUCUGUUCGGUUACUUAAAGUCCCAGCUCGCCUCUUCAACGCCCACUGAGAAAUUGGAGGCUACAGAGACUGUAGUAAAUCUGUUGUCUUUGCUUGAGAAGAGCUCUGUUUCCUCUAAGGGACUAUUUGCUAUUCUUAGAAUGACUUCUGGUUUAGCAAUGGACAAGAGUUGUAGGGACAAGUUGGUGGCCAUGAUUGGUUCACGGCUUGACCAGGCAUCGUUGGAUAACCUACUGCUUCCUGCACCAACUGGCAUGGGAUCUCUUUAUGAUGUGAAUUUGGUUUUGCGAUUUCUGAAAUCCUUUCUUGGGGGAGAUGAGGUUUCCCCUGCCGAGCUGAAGAAGGUGGGGUUCUUAAUGGACAAAUACAUUGCAGAAGUAGCCCCUGAUUCUUGCUUGAAGCCUUCAAAGUUUGCUGCUCUAGUGAGGGCCUUGCCGGAUUCUGCAAGAGAAUCAUAUGAUGAGAUUUACAGAGCUCUUGAUAUGUAUCUUCAGGUACAUUCAGGAUUAUCAGAGGAAGAGAAGAUGAAGGUGUGCAGUGUUUUGAAUCACGAAAAGCUCUCGCUAGAAGUCUGCAAGCAUAUCGCGCAGAACUCUAGGAUCCCAUCGAGAGCUGCAAUUCAAGCCGUCGUCUGUCAGCAAUCAAAGCUCAAGACCCUCCUCGAGUCCUCCGAUCACCAACACAGACCCAUGACGAGCUCCCCACCUGCCCUCAAACCGAAGGAGUUCAAAGUCCCCGACAAAGAUGCCGGCAACCAAAUCGUCCUGUUCGCGGAGAAGCUCGAUCUGUCGACGGAAAACGAGAAACUGAAGGCUCGGUUGCAGGGCAUGCAGUGGAAGGUGAUGGAGCUGGAGAAAAUGUGCAGGAAAAUGCAGACCGACAUGUCUAAGAUCAUGAAGAGCAAAGUUGGUAGCCAUGGCAGUGCAAGACUACCUAGGCUGUGUUCAUGAUACACGUUAACUUUUUCCUUCUUUUUCUUUUUCUGUCUCCUUCACAAUUUGUAUGAUAAAGCAAAUAUUUUCUCAAUCCUUGUGUACUGAAUGCAUUUUUGCAUCUUCUACUUUUGUGAAAACGAAAAUUGUGAAAAGCAA